CAUCAACACAAACCCUGGUCGUCGCAACGCGCUUUUGCGAGACAGGCUGACUAUUAACAUAUUGGACUAAGCGUUUCAAUAUUGCAGGGAAUUUCGACAUCCGACUGCGGAAAUCCUCAACCACCACGCGUCGACACAGUCGCGCAACGGCGUGAAGCGCGACCUCGAUUCUUCACAAGGCCUCAUCUGUUCGGAGAGGACUUCGACAUGGCGCAACCACCACCUCCACCACCCCCUGGAUGGGGCGCGCCCCCUCCCCCUCCUCCGCCUUCUUCUCUGCCACCGCCACCGUCAGAACCAGCGCCCCCAGCGCCACCACCUCCUGGCUACCGACCACCGACCGACCCUCAGAUCGCCAAGUUUGCGCAGAAGAAGAAGGAAUGGCUUCGAAACCAAAGAAACCGCUUCGGAGAAAAGCGCAAAGGCGGGUUCGUACAGACACAGAAGGCAGAUAUGCCCCCGGAGCACCUGCGCAAAAUCGUGAAGGACAUUGGCGAUGUGUCGCAAAAGAAAUACACCAACGACAAGAGGAGCUACCUCGGUGCUUUGAAGUUCAUGCCUCACGCUGUGCUCAAACUUCUCGAGAACAUGCCCAUGCCCUGGGAGUCCGCACGUGAAGUGAAGGUACUUUACCACGUCAACGGUUGUCUUACGCUGGUCAACGAGAUACCCCGCGUGAUUGAACCUGUCUUCUUUGCCCAAUGGGCAAUGAUGUGGACAUUCAUGAGGAAAGAGAAGGCAGACCGAAGGCUAUUCAAGCGUAUGCGCUUCCCACCAUUUGACGACGAAGAGCCGCCGCUGUCAUGGUCCGAGAACAUCGAAGACGUCGAACCCCUGGAGCCCAUUCAGAUGGAGCUGAAUGAGGAGGAAGAUGAUGCUGUGUACGAAUGGUUUUACGACCAUCAGCCUCUACUUGACACGUCUCACGUGAACGGCCCGAGUUACAAGUCAUGGAACCUUACGCUGCAGCAGAUGGCGACUCUCUUCCGUUUGAGUCGACCACUUGUCUCCGACGUCGUGGACAAGAACUACUUCUACUUGUUCGAGCUGAAGGGCUUCCUGACUGCCAAAGCGCUCAACAUGGCCUUGCCAGGAGGACCCAAGUUUGAACCUUUGUACAAGGACAUUGACCCUAAUAACGAAGACUUUGGAGAGUUCAACGCGAUCGAUCGAAUUAUUUUCCGAGCGCCGAUCCGCACUGAGCUCAAGGUAGCAUAUCCGUACCUCUACAACUCGUUGCCACGCAGCGUGCAUCUCACCUGGCAUUCUCACCCUCAGAUCGUGUUCAACCGAGCCGACGACCCCGAUUUGCCGACUUUCCACUUCGAUCGACGAAUCAACCCGAUAUCUUCAAGGACUGUCGCCUCGAAGAACGUCGAUGUCUCACUCGAGGACGAGCUUUUCGGGAAAGGCAACAACGAGGAGCCGGAGGAGGAUGCUUUUGUGCUUCCUGCGGGCUCAGAGCCCUUCCUGUCUGAGGAGGAUUUGGAAAACGAAGACACUUCUUCAGCAGUGGAGCUCUGGUGGGCGCCGUACCCCUUUGACCGUCGGUCCGGCCGCAUGGUGCGCGCUCAGGACGUUCCACUCAUCAAACAGUGGUACCUCGAGCACCCCCCGUCAGGCGAUCUUCCCAAGAAAACCCGCGUGUCUUACCAGAAACUUCUGAAGAACUUUGUGUUGAACGAACUUCACAAGAAAAAGCCCAAGGCGCAGAACAACCAGAAUCUUAUGCGUUCUCUGAAGCAGACAAAAUUCUUUCAGCAAACCACAAUCGACUGGGUUGAAGCUGGUCUUCAAGUCUGUCGCCAGGGUUUCAACAUGCUCAACCUCUUGAUCCAUCGCAAGAAUCUCACUUAUCUUCACCUCGACUACAACUUCAAUUUGAAGCCCGUAAAGACACUCACAACGAAGGAACGAAAGAAGUCCCGAUUCGGAAACGCUUUUCACUUGAUGCGUGAGAUCCUCAGGCUCACGAAACUCAUCGUUGAUGCGCAAGUUCAAUAUCGUCUGGGCAACAUUGACGCGUUUCAACUAGCUGACGGCAUCCUGUAUGCCUUUAACCACGUCGGUCAGCUCACGGGAAUGUACCGUUACAAGUACAAACUCAUGCAUCAGAUUCGUACUUGCAAGGACUUGAAGCACCUUAUCUACUACCGCUUCAACUCUGGUCCAGUAGGAAAAGGCCCCGGUUGUGGGUUCUGGGCCCCUGCCUGGAGGGUGUGGCUGUUCUUCAUGAGAGGCAUCAUUCCUCUACUUGAGAGAUGGCUUGGCAACCUGUUAUCACGCCAGUUCGAGGGUCGUCACAGCAAGGGUGUUGCCAAGACCGUCACCAAGCAGCGUGUUGAGUCACACUUUGAUCUUGAGUUGCGUGCCUCAGUUAUGGCGGACUUGAUGGACAUGAUGCCUGAGGGCAUCAAGCAGAACAAGGUCAACACUGUGCUGCAGCAUCUUUCGGAAGCCUGGCGCUGUUGGAAGAGCAACAUUCCAUGGAAGGUUCCUGGACUACCUGCACCGAUUGAGAACAUCAUUCUCCGGUAUGUUAAGUCGAAGGCAGACUGGUGGAUUUCGGUCGCGCACUACAACCGUGAGCGCAUCCGCCGCGGCGCCACUGUCGACAAGACCGUUGCCAAGAAGAAUGUUGGUCGUCUCACUCGCCUUUGGCUCAAGGCAGAGCAAGAGCGCCAACACAAUCACAUGAAGGACGGCCCCUACGUCUCUUCAGAAGAGGCUGUGGCCAUUUACACCACAACUGUUCACUGGUUGGAGUCUCGGAAGUUUUCUCCCAUUCCGUUCCCCAGCGUCUCCUACAAGCAUGAUACCAAGAUUCUUAUCCUCGCUCUUGAGCGACUGAGGGAAGCAUAUUCCGUCAAGGGCCGUUUGAAUCAAAGCCAGCGUGAGGAGCUGGCUUUGAUUGAGCAGGCCUACGAUAGCCCUGGAACGACGCUCGAGCGCAUCAAGCGGUUCUUGCUGACCCAGCGCGCAUUCAAGGAAGUCAACAUUGACAUGAACGACAACUAUAGCACCAUCAACCCGGUAUACGACAUUGAGCCCAUUGAGAAGAUCAGCGAUGCCUAUCUCGAUCAAUACCUAUGGUAUCAAGCGGAUCAGCGACACUUGUUCCCGGCUUGGAUCAAGCCUUCAGAUUCUGAAGUGCCUCCUCUGCUCGUGUACAAGUGGGCUCAAGGGAUCAACAAUCUUGAUCGCGUGUGGGUGACCGAGGAGGGCGAAUGCAAUGUCCUCCUCGAGACAGAAUUGUCCAAGGUGUACGAGAAAAUGGAGCUCACCCUCCUCAACUCCUUGUUGCGCCUCAUCAUGGACCACAACUUGGCUGAUUACAUCACUUCCAAGAACAACGUUCAGCUCACAUAUAAAGACAUGAACCAUGUCAACAGCUUCGGAAUGAUUCGUGGGCUGCAAUUUUCUGCAUUCGUCUUCCAAUUCUAUGGCCUGGUACUCGAUCUUCUCCUGCUCGGCCCGCAACGUGCAAGUGAGAUUGCCGGACCACCUCAGAGUCCCAAUGAGUUCCUUCAGUUCCGCGAUCGGGAGACCGAAACGAGGCAUCCGAUCCGCUUGUACAGUCGGUACAUUGACAAGAUUUGGGUCUUCCUUCGCUUCACAGCUGAGGAGUCGAGAGACCUCAUCCAGCGCUUCUUGACGGAGCAGCCCGAUCCCAACUUUGAGAACGUUAUCGGGUACAAGAGCAAGAAAUGCUGGCCCCGCGACUCUCGCAUGAGGCUCAUGCGACACGAUGUCAACCUUGGUCGUGCCGUUUUCUGGGAUCUCAAGAACCGCCUUCCCCGUUCCGUCACCACCAUUGAAUGGGACGACAGCUUCGUCAGCGUCUACAGUCGGGACAACCCCAACCUGCUGUACUCCAUGUGUGGUUUCGAAGUGCGCAUUUUGCCCAAGAUCCGCAACCAACUCGGAGAGUUCCCCGUGAAGGACAGCGUGUGGUCGCUCGUGGACAACACGACCAAGGAGAGAACAGCGCACGCCUUCCUGCAAGUCACACACGACGACAUCCAGAAAUUCAACAACCGGAUCAGGCAGAUUCUGAUGUCGUCUGGCUCUACGACUUUCACCAAGAUUGCGAACAAGUGGAACACGGCUCUCAUUGCUCUGUUCACAUACUAUCGAGAAGCUGCUGUCUCUACGGUCAGCCUCCUUGACACCAUUGUCAAGUGCGAGACCAAGAUUCAGACUCGCGUCAAGAUCGGCCUGAACUCGAAGAUGCCCUCAAGAUUUCCCCCGGCGGUCUUCUACACACCAAAGGAGCUUGGUGGUCUGGGCAUGAUCUCAGGCUCACACAUUCUCAUCCCCGCCAGCGACAAACGCUGGUCUGCACAGACUGAUACAGGCGUCACGCAUUAUCGCGCGGGUAUGACGCACGAUGAGGAGACUUUGAUCCCCAACAUCUUUCGUUACAUCAUCCCCUGGGAAGCUGAAUUUGUUGACUCCCAACGCGUGUGGACCGAGUACUCGCAAAAGCGUCUCGAAGCUAACCAACAGAACCGUCGUCUGACUCUUGAGGACCUGGAGGACAGCUGGGAUCGGGGUCUGCCUCGCAUCAACACCCUCUUCCAAAAGGACCGUAGCACUCUCAGUUUCGACAAGGGCUUCAGGGCCCGCGCCGAGUUCAAGAUCUACCAGCUGAUGAAGAGUAACCCAUUCUGGUGGACCAGUCAACGACACGAUGGCAAGCUAUGGAAUCUAAAUGCCUACCGAACUGAUGUCAUCCAAGCACUGGGUGGUGUUGAGACAAUCCUGGAGCAUACCCUGUUCAAGGCUACUGGCUUCCCAUCCUGGGAGGGUCUGUUCUGGGAGAAGGCUUUCGCUGUUGAGGAUGUCAAGGAAGGUGAUCUGCUUCUGGGACCGGACGGAGGUCCUCGUCGUGCGUUCAACAUUGUUUCUGGUCAAGAGCGUCUCUAUCGUAUCAUGAUGGAGAGUCUCGAAGAAGAUCUCGUGGUCACCCCGAACCACAUUCUCGUUCUUCACAAAUCCACAGGACCGGCUGAUGAUUACGAGACUGUCGAAAUGACAGCCGCUGAGUUUGCAGCGUUCUCUCCUCAAGAGAGGGCGCACUAUCGGCUCUUCAAAUGUUCUCUUCCCGAGCAAACCUCCGUCUCUCAGACACCCAGGUUUGAGAUAAAAAACAUUGCUCUCGAGCAGGACGUCACUGAAUGGGCAGGUUUCCGCGUCGACAAAGAUCAGCUCUACCUCCGCCACGACUACCUGGUGCUUCACAACAGUGGUUUCGAAGAGUCCAUGAAGUUCAAGAAGUUGACCAACGCGCAAAGAUCUGGUCUGAACCAGAUUCCCAACCGUCGCUUCACAUUGUGGUGGUCACCCACGAUCAACCGUGCCAAUGUCUACGUCGGUUUCCAAGUCCAACUGGAUCUGACUGGCAUCUUCUUGCACGGCAAGAUCCCAACCCUGAAGAUCUCGCUCAUUCAAAUCUUCCGUGCCCAUUUGUGGCAGAAGAUCCACGAGUCGGUGGUCAUGGACUUGUGUCAAGUCUUUGACCAGGAGCUCGAGUCCUUGGGUAUCGAGACUGUGCAGAAGGAGACCAUCCAUCCCAGAAAGUCAUACAAGAUGAACAGCUCUUGUGCGGACAUUCUGCUGUUUGCCAGCCACAAGUGGAAUGUGACCCGACCGUCAUUGCUUCACGAUACCAAGGAUGUGAUUGAGCCGACAACGACGAACAAAUUCUGGAUCGACGUGCAGCUGAGAUACGGCGACUACGAUUCUCACGACAUUGAACGAUACACGCGUGCCAAGUACCUGGACUACACGACCGACAGCGCCAGUAUCUACCCCUCCGCCACUGGUCUCAUGGUUGGCAUUGAUCUUGCCUACAACUUGUACUCUGCCUACGGAAUGUACUUCCCUGGCUUGAAGGUGCUCAUCCAGCAAGCCAUGGCCAAGAUCAUGAAGGCGAACCCUGCACUGUACGUUCUGCGCGAGCGUAUCCGCAAGGGUCUGCAGCUGUACGCCUCGGAGAGCAACCAGGAGUUCCUGAACUCGCAGAACUACUCGGAGCUGUUCAGCAACCAGACGCAGCUGUUCAUUGACGACACCAACGUGUACCGUGUGACCAUUCACAAGACCUUUGAGGGCAACUUGACGACCAAGCCUAUCAACGGUGCGAUCUUCAUCUUCAAUCCCCGCACCGGCCAGCUUUUCUUGAAAAUCAUCCACACCAGUGUCUGGGCCGGUCAGAAGCGUCUCGGUCAAUUGGCCAAGUGGAAGACUGCUGAGGAAGUUGCGGCACUGAUCCGGUCGCUACCCAUGGAGGAGCAGCCCAAGCAAUUGAUUGUCACCCGCAAGGGUCUGCUGGAUCCUCUCGAGGUGCACUUGCUCGACUUCCCCAACAUUUCCAUCCGCGCCUCGGAGCUGCAGCUGCCCUUCCAGGCGGCGAUGAAGGUGGAGAAGCUGGGCGACAUGAUCCUGCGCGCGACGGAGCCGCAGAUGGUUCUGUUCAACCUGUAUGACGACUGGCUCAAGAGCAUCUCAUCGUACACUGCGUUUUCGCGACUGAUUCUCAUCCUUCGCGCGCUGCACGUCAACCCGGACAAGACCAAGCUCAUUCUCCGUCCCGACAAGACGGUGAUCACCCAAGAGCACCAUAUCUGGCCGUCCUUGUCAGACGAGGACUGGAUCAAGGUCGAGACGCAGCUUCGUGAUCUGAUCCUGAACGACUAUGGCAAGAAGAACAAUGUCAACGUGUCGAGUCUGACGAGCAGUGAAGUCCGGGACAUUAUCCUGGGCAUGGAGAUCUCGGCGCCAUCCAUGCAACGGCAGCAAGCGACCGAAAUCGAGAAGCAGCAACAAGAGCAAGCACAGCUCACGGCGGUCACGACCAAGACGCAGAAUGUGCACGGAGAGGACAUUAUUGUGACCACGACGUCGCAGCAUGAGCAGCAGACCUUUGCAUCCAAGACGGAGUGGAGGACUCGAGCGAUAGCGACAUCCAACCUGCGGACGCGCGCCAAGAACAUCUACGUCUCGUCCGUCGACGACAGCGACGACAAUGACAUUACCUAUGUGAUGCCCAACAACAUCCUCAAGCGGUUCAUCACCAUUGCGGACCUGCGCACCCAGAUUGCCGGGUACCUGUACGGAUCGUCGCCACCGGACAACAAGGACGUGAAGGAAAUCAGGUGCAUCGUCAUGAUCCCGCAGAUCGGCGGGUUGCGCAACGUCCAGCUACCACAGCAGCUGCCGCAGAGCGAGUUCCUGCAGGACAUGGAACCUCUGGGGAUCAUCCACACGGUGUCUGGCAACGAGCUGCCGUACAUGUCGGCGGCGGACGUGACGGAGCACGCGCGCCUGCUGGACAGCCACAAGGAGUGGGACAAGACGAGCACGGCCACCGUGUCUGUUGCAUUCACGCCCGGUAGUGUGUCGCUGUCGGCGUGGGGUCUCACGCCGGACGGCUACAAGUGGGGGGCCGAGAACAAGGACAUUCAGAGCGACCAGCCGCAGGGGUUCUCGACGACGAUGGGGACGAAGCGGAAAUUGCUGCUGAGCCCCCGAUUCAAGGGGUUCUUCCUGGUGCCGACGGACGGGCGGUGGAACUACACGUUCAUGGGCAGCGCGUUUGACGGCAUGGUGAAGAAGCCCGUGCACGUCAAGCUGGACACGCCGCAGUCGUACUACAGCGACCAGCACAGGCCCAUUCAUUUCCAGAGCUUUGCCGAGCUGGAGGACAUUUGGGUCGACAGGCAGGACAACUUUGAGUAA